AUGGCUAACUGUGCUCCUGCAACUACACCCUUACCUCUUGAGCUUCAAAAGGUCAACGGUCAAGAAGAAACGUUUGAUCAACCUACGUUAUUUCGAAGUCUGGCUGGUAAACUUCAGUAUCUCACUCUUACUCGACCAGACAUACAAUUUGCUGUUAAUCUUAUUUGUCAACGAAUGCAUACUCCUACUGUUACUGACUUCAAUCUGCUCAAGCGCAUCAUUCAGUAUAUCAAAGGAACUAUGGAUUUUGGCAUCAACUUCUCUACAAAUGCAGACUUCACACUCCGAGCAUACAUCGACAAUGACUAUGCUGGUUGUCCCACUACCAGUCGUUCAACGGGUGGAUUCUGCACGUUUUUAGGCAACAACCUUAUAUCUUGGUCUGCUAAACGUCAGACCUCUGUCUCUUGUAGCUCAACUGAAGCUGAAUACCGCUGUUUGUCAGAUGCGGAUGCUGAGGUGAACUGGUUAAUGGAUCUGCUGCAAGACAUUGGAAUGCCUGUCACUCAUGUCCCUAAAUUAUACUGUGACAAUUUGUCUGCAGUAUACCUCUCUGCUAAUCCGACUUUGCACAAGAAAACUAAACACUUCAAAGUUCAUUAUCAUUAUGUUCGAGAGCAGGUUGCAGAAGGAUCACUGAUUGUCUAA